AUGUCUACAACUCAACCUCAAUCAUCAGGUGUAGCCAAUGUUUUAUCUAUGAUCAUGCCAGCUCAAUCUGCAGCUCCACAGAAUACUGGGCCAUUAGGAGGUCUAGAUUUGAAUUCCUUGUUCUCUAAACUGGUUGCAACUGGCAUUAUACCAAAAUCUAAUCCUGAGAGUACUAGUAAUACUACUACUACUGUGACUACCUCAGUAUCUGUUGAUACUAAUAAACCUAAACCAAAACCAGUAUAUAUACCAAAUGCUGUACCGAAAUUUGAAGAGCCUGAAGAAGAACCAAGGGAAAUGAAAGAACCAUUAUUACCUAUUCCAGACAUCUCUGAUUUUAGAGUUGAUAAAUUGAAAAGGAGAUAUAAAGGUGUUGUACAACGUUUAUAUGAAGGUAUACAAUGUUCAACAUGUGGUAUUAGAUUUGUAAUGGAUGAUACUGAACGAUAUCGUGAACAUCUAGAUUGGCAUUUCCGUCAAAAUAAACGUCAAAAUGACGAGUUUAAUAUGGCUAAGAAUAGACAAUGGCAUUAUGAGAUCGAUGACUGGAUACUUUAUGAGCUUAUUGAAGAGUCAGAAGAAAAAACUCGAUCAUCAGUAUUUGAGAAUGUGGUACCAGGAGGUGAUGGUAAUGCUCUAUCAUUUAAAAUACCUGAAGGCUGUGACUACAUACAAGAACCUCCAGCUCAACAAGAUGCUGAUAAUGUGUGCUGUAUAUGUGGUGAUCCGUUUGAACAGUUCUGGCAUGAAGACAAUGAAGAUUGGCAUUUACGUGAUGCUCUGUUAGUAGACAAUAAAUAUUAUCAUCCAGUUUGUUUUGAAGAUGCUAGAGAUGAAUCUGUUUUGGAACCAACACCAACUCCUACAGAAUCACCAGAAACUAAUCCAUUGUUUAACAGACGAGUCAGUACUGGUCCUGCUGCCAUGUAUACCAAUGUUAUUCCAUCAACUGUCAAACAAGAACCACCAUCAUCUGACUCUACAUCAGCUUCAUCCUCAUCAACUCAUAUAGAAAUCAGACGUGAAAUCAAAACUGAGACAGGGUCAGAGGUCAAAGAUGAAGUUCAAGAGGUCAAAAUUGAGACGCAAUCAAACCCAGAACAACUGUCACAAGAGAAAUCAGAAAUCAAAAUAGAAACUGAGGUCAAAACAGAAGUCAAAACAGAACCAGUCCCAGAAAUAGACACUGGGUUGCAAACAGAGAUAAAAAAUGAACCUGUACCAGAGGUUAAAAAUGAACCAGGACUUGAGGUGAAAACUGAACCAGAAGUUCAAAGUGAAGCUGUUCCAAUGAAAAUGGAAGAAGAGAUGAAGAAAGCUGAUGAAGCUGAGGAAAUGCCAGAGGCUGUGUUAUCAGAAGAGAAACAGGAAGAACCUGAACCUAUGGAGAGUUCUUGA